GGGCAACUCCACGGGGCUCCCGGCCCGUGCUACCAGCGGCCCCUUCCGCCGGCUGCCGGCCUGCUUCCGGGGCUGCUGCGACCGGAAGCGCCUUCCCUGGAGCCCCCGCUGCUGCCGCCGAGGCCUCCUCCUCCUCCGGCUGCUGCUGCCGCCGCUGGGUCCCGGGAGAAGAAGAUGGAGCGGGGCUGGCUGCGGAAGGUGGCGUUGAAGCUGUAGACGAAGGGGGUGGUGGAGGCGAAGAGGAGCAGGAGGGCCACCCCGAGGAAGAUGGAGCCCGUCAGCCACUCCAUCCAGGCGAAGCCCAGCAGCGCCAGGGCCAGCACCGAGAAGACCACGCAGAGGCAGCCCGCCUUCCGACGGCAGCCUCCGGGGCAGCUCUCCCCUUCCAGGCCUCCUCCCGCCGCCGCAGAUGGGUCUUCCAGGCCCGUCCCGCCCUCCAGGCUGCGGAAGGUGACGCUCCCGGAGGAGGGCGAGGGCAGGGCUGGCCGGUGGCCGGGGGGCUGGGGCCCCAGGAGGCGCUGCGGGCGGAGCUCCCGGAGGAGCGGGGCCCAGCCUCGGAGCUGGAGCAGGAUGGCCUCCACCAGCUUGGUGUUGACCGGCAGGCUCUGGACCAGGCCGUCCGGCAGCGGGGUGCGAUGUCGGCAGAGCGGGCAGGACAAGUCGCAGGACUAUGUUGUCAAGAAUUAUUUCUACUAUUACCUGUUCAGGAUAUCAGCUGCAAUGGGUCAAGAGGUUUUCUACAUUACGUUCCUUCCAUUCAGUUACUGGAGCAUUAAUCCAGACAUUGCUAGAAGGAUGAUUAUCAUGUGGCCUGUGGUUAUGUAUAUCGGACAAGUCUCAAAGGAUCUUCUGAAGUGGCCUCGCCCUUGCUCACCACCUGUUGUCAAGUUAGAAAAAAGGACAACUGCAGAAUAUGGAAUGCCAUCCACUCAUGCAAUGGCAGCAACAGCCAUCUCUUUCACUUUUGUAUUUGCAUCCACAAGCCACUACAAGUUCCCUUUGGCACUGGGACUGAUGGGAGCCUUUUUAUUUUCAACUAUGGUAUGCCUUAGCAGAAUUUACACAGGAAUGCACACAGUGCUGGAUGUGAUUGUUGGCAGUCUGAUCUCAGCAAUAUUAACUGCUCUUGUGUAUCCUGUUUGGGAUGUCAUUGAUCACCUGAUGGUAACCAGCCCUGUAUGUCCUGUGUUCUGCAUUGUUGUGCCCCUCCUCUUGUGCUAUAACUAUCCUAAACUAGAUUACUACAGCCCUACUAGAGCAGACACUACCACAAUUCUAGGAGCAGGAGCUGGAGCAAUUAUAGGAUUCUGGAUAAACCACCAGUACUUCUCAAAUGCUUUGCCUGAAGCUGUUUCACAGAGUGUUCCUUCUGCUACCUGUGAAAUGCUCUUGAUGUGUUUGUACAGUUUUUUGGUGGGAAUUGGUGUGCUGCUGGUCACACGGCAGAUCAUCAAAAACAUGGCUCUGAAGUCACUGUGUUCUUGGUAUGAAGUGUCUGUGGAUGAUCUUGGAGCUAAGCAGCAACUCAACAUAGAAGUGCCUUACAAAUUUGUAACCUAUUCUUCCAUUGGCCUGAGUGCUACAGUGCUUGUGCCACUAUUGCAUAGGUUUUUGGGUUUAAACUGAACGCUGUGCAUUUCGUUUUAGGAAAUAACCCAGAUCAUGGGAUGCAAUAACAAAGUGGGCAAGGAAGGACAGAGACUUCAAUGGAAAAGUGUGCUGCUCUAAAGCUUAGCUAAUAUUGGAGAUGAGAAAGGACCUUCUUAAUGGUCUAACAUUCUGUGGGGAGAUCAUUAGCAGCCUCUGUUUUCCUUUCUUUUCAAUACUAGUGGUUUAAUAGGUUUCCUAAACAUAAGAGCAAAGCUUUUCACCUUAUAGUAAUUAGAGGGUAAUGCGUUAAAGGGGAACUGAUUUAAGCUAUCACUCCCUCUUGAAUUCACAUAGGACUUAAGUUCCAAGUUCUUUUCCUUCACUAGUUUAGUUCUGUGUGACUAUCAGGGCCAGUUUUGUUUGAUAUUGGUUGAAUACAACAGCUCAGCUGUUCUCCAGGAAUCUGCUGUAGUGCUUGGUCAGUUGGAAAGUAUGCAUAUAGAUAUGCAAGGGACCCACUUAACAAUAUCACAAGUCAGAAACAGGCCUGUUUGCCACUGACCUCCCAGCAGUGUUGUUGCAUAAAGUCCAAAAGGAAGCUAAUGGUUCAGGACAAUGUUACCAACAACUGAAGAAAGGAAAAUAUACAGCAUGGCUUAUGGUGCCCCAGUAAGAGAUGAGCCAUUGCAGACUGCUUUGCCUCCACAUAGCUGAGGAAGAGAUCAGGCCUGGAUCAGCCAGCAAGGGUGUGCAUGUGCCCCUCUGGAGGGCCCAAAUGGGUAUCUCCUCUCUUCUGGGUGUCACCUGGUCUCCACUAGUGAAGCCAAAGAGACUUCUGGUCAUUUCAAUUGCACAUUUUUGCUGAUUUGGGGGCAAAAUCCAGUAUUAAAGAGGAAACCUGCAAGUGUACCACUGACUACAGUCUCAGGAAUAUCCAGCAAAGAUAGCCAACAGAUUAGUUGCUCAAUAUGUUAAAAUCCUUUCCAACUUGGGAAUAGUAGCUGUGAUAAAUGAGUGAUAUAACACCAGAGUUGUCUGAAGGUGACUUUUUGCCCCUGUGGCAGGGGUUUGUAUUGUUUUUCCAAAAUCAGCCAGGCUCUUGUCUUGAGUCUUGUGCCAGGCUUCUGAAUCAAAUUGCUGAUCUGGGCUUGCAUGCGGCACUCUUCAACAGAGCCUUCUACUACAUUUAGCUUUAAUAUCUUCUGACAGCAAAUGUGACAUAAUUCAGCUGCUUGAUAAUUCUUAACAUCAGUGUUGGAAGUUCUUCAGUGUUCCCAUACAUAUGACAAAAUCUUUAGCUCCUCAAGCUUUGUUAUAAUAUAGCUUUCGUGCAUUGGCAUCAUGUAGCAAGGCACAGCUCUUGAACUACAGUACUCAGACAGUUAAAGGCUGUCAUUCGCGGGCCACUGAGAAAUGAAGCACAAGGACAAAUCUGACUAUAGUCAAAGUUCUUGUCUAACUGAGUGCUAGAUCUUCUGGUCAUGAGUUAUUUCUGAGCAAACUGAAGCUUCCCUUUGCAGAUGAAGGCUUGACAGAAGAACUCAGAAACCAUGAUAGCCUUUUCUUUCUGACAGCUUUUUAGAAAGUUACUCUGUAUUUAAGUUUCAGAAUAGGAUGAAAUGAACAUGAUGCCAACUAACAAUGUAAAAUUACAAAAGGACAUCACUAUUUGAAGCAUAUUGAUAAACUGCUACAAAACUGCAGCUUUCCACAAUUUCUUUCUAUAAGGAACUAACUAUUGCAUGAUUUUAAAUCAAUACUCUUCUAGCACUGUGAAUUAGCUGGAAUGUAGGUAUUGAUGUAAUUUUAACUACUCACCCUGACAAAAUCCACUCCCUGUAACUCUAAGCUGCUUAAGAAGGGAGACACUUCAAUAUUACACUAGGUUUUAGUUUAAUAAGCACCAAAUCAAUUCCUGAACAUCCAGUAUGCUUUGGAUAAUGCAUGUGUUCUGUAAUGUAUGGGUUGCAUGAAGGCAGAAGACCUGAAGCCCAUGAAGUUCUCAUAUCAAAAUAAAUUCUCAGGACAGAACCAGACAAUACUAGGGAAGCAUGUUGACUCCUAAUACCAUUUGUGAGGUUAAUGCAUGGGUACUGGUGGAGGAAGGCUGAUGAAUAGGAAAUGUAUACACCAUAUCUCCAGAACUAAUUCUGACACACACACUCCUCCAUCAGUUCCUAGAAAUAAAAGGUGACACUGACAGGACAUGGCAUUUGAAGGGAAGACAUUAAGCAGUUCUUCCCGUCAGCCACCCAGUUAUUCCCUUCAUCAUGGAGCAUGAGAGCAUGUUUAUGCAGAAAUUAUGUCUAGUUCAAUCUCAGGAAAAUAUAGUACAGAUUUCGGAACUGUGUCAGCCUUCAGGUCUGGGUUUAGCUUUAACUUUGUAUUUGCAACACAUUUUCCACAUUGCAGCUAUCUGUUUCAUACACAUUUGUACAAACUCAUGUUUAUAAACAGCCACCUGCAAAACAUCUAUUUUUGUAUCAUUUAACUUUAGGUUUUGAAAUAUGAAGUGUAUUCUGUAUCUGCCAUUAUUUAAAC